UUCUGCGUAUAUAAAUAUCACAACAGACGAUUGUAACGACAAGCUUGAAAAUCGCAUGUAUCGAACUCGAUAACCUCAUUAGGCUUUAUUUCGUAAAUUGGUACUUCCAAAGUCUCCACAUGCCUAACCUAAAGCUUCAACAACCAUAUACGCUACAGUAGACCAAAAAAAAAAAAACAUUGUUUCCCGUGACUGUCUAGUUUCGAAAUUCUGCAUUUUACGGUUUUCUGAGGUCACCUGAUCGAUUCCUAGCCCUAGCUCGAACCUUCCUAUUUCUGCAGUUGUGGAUCGGCGGAUAUAUUUGCAUAACUGCCAGCAUUUUGUCGUCUUGGGAGAAUUUAAUAGUUCAGAAAUCUCGGAUUCGAUUCAUAUAGAAAGGGCGAUAUGAAUUAAGCUGCGGAGAAUUAUUCUGCGAAAUGAUCGUCGUUGUCGAUUGCACAUCGAUCCCGGGGCGUUCCAUCUUACGCCUUUAUGAACGUUUCUGAGUCUUGGUGACAGCACAGAAGUGUUGCUUUGUUACAAAAAUGAAUUAUCUCAUCGGGGCAUUUAAGCCACCUUGUACCACCACUAUUACAUUUUUUGAUGGCAAAAGUCGCAAGCAGGCUAGUGUAAAAAAGGAGAAUGGGCAAACAGCUAUGGUGCCUCUUUUUCAAAGCCAAGAACAUGUUGUUGGUGAGGUUUGUAUAGAACCCAUUGCAGGAAAGAAAGUCGAGCAUAACGGUGUAAAGAUUGAGCUUCUGGGCCAAAUAGAGUUGUACUUUGACAGAGGGAAUUUUUAUGACUUCACCUCCCUGGUUCGGGAGCUUGAUGUACCUGGUGAGAUACAUGAUCGUAAGACAUAUCCAUUUGAAUUCUCUACAGUUGAGAUGCCCUAUGAAUCCUACAAUGGUAUAAACGUGAGGCUCAGAUAUAUUCUGAAGGUUACAAUCAGUCGUAACUAUGUCAGUAACAUUGUAGAGUACCAGGACUUUUGGGUGCGGAACUACACACCACUUCCACCUGUUAACAACAGCAUCAAGAUGGAGGUUGGCAUCGAGGAUUGCCUACAUAUAGAAUUUGAGUACAAUAAAAGCAAGUAUCACCUGAAAGAUGUUGUCAUCGGCAAAAUAUAUUUUCUUCUUGUCAGAAUCAAGAUCAAGAACAUGGAGCUUGAGAUUAGACGAAGAGAGUCUACAGGGUCAGGACCUAAUACAUAUGUUGAAACAGAAACCCUAGCCAAAUUUGAACUCAUGGAUGGUGCUCCUGUUAGAGGGGAAUCAAUUCCUAUCAGAUUAUUCUUAAGCCCUUAUGAGCUGACACCAACUUACCGUAACAUUAACAACAAAUUCAGUGUCAAAUACUACUUGAAUCUGGUUCUGGUAGAUGAGGAAGACAGGAGAUACUUCAAGCAACAGGAAAUCACAAUGUAUCGUUUGCUUGAAUAGUUUUCGCGAUGAAAUCAGACCAUGCUUUAACAAAGUCAUCAUGUAUCAGUGAGAUUAAAGCGGUGGUGUUGGCUGUUAAUAAAUCUUGAAUUUAAAUUCUGAGUUCCCAUUGCGGCUGGUUUUAAACAAUAUGGGAAGUGGUAGUUUUUGUUUUGGCUUGUUGGGAGUAAACAUUUAUUAUAAGAUUUUUUUGUGGUAUAGAUAUUAGGUGGUGAAUUGAUUAAGAAGCUCUUGUACAGUUUUUCUAAGGGACCUGUUGAAGACUGAAUCUUUAUUUAACUUUGUCUGAAUGUUUGUAUCGAUGCUAACAUUUGGUUGGCUGACAAUAAGUUCCUUUUUCCCAUCAAUUGUUGUAGUACAGGGAUGUGAAAUCUGCUUAUUUUCAUCUUCUAUUUUA